UAGCGAAAGCGCACGUGCGACUGCCCCGCCCCCUUUUAGCUGCCUCCCAAAAAACGCGAACACAAUUUUUGGCGCGCAUUUUUGUGAACGUUCAAUUGCAAUUCAAUUAUUUGGCAUUUUUUUCUAGUGUUAUCAAUUGGAUCUGGUUGUUUUUUUUUAAGAGGGUGCGUGUGUGUUUUGAUUAUUGAAAUAAUUGUAAUCAUAGAUGUAACUUUGGCCGAGUGUGUGUGUGUGUGCGGCUAAUUGCAGGGCGCACUUGAAAUAUUCAUGGGACAAGUGCAGCGACAAAGGGCUGAAUAAUUCACCAGAACUAGCAGUUCUUUUUUCGUGUGUGUUUCUGGACACAAAAAAAAGAAAACAAAGAGGUGAAGGAAAAGAGGAAAAGCCGGCGAUCCGACGAACAUGUAAAUCGAAGCUCAAAUGGCAGCGAGCAACAAGCCCCGGUACAGGUUCAAAUCCCACGGCGCCGCCCUGGAGUGCCUUCUGCACCUCGUCCUGUUCAGCGGAGUUGUGCAUCUGGAGGUUUUGGCAGAAGAGGUAACCACUGCAGCCAGUCUUUCGGAAGAAUGGGGCUCUGGAUGGCGGGGCACCAAUUUCCUCGUGGAGGUCGAACAAACCGCCCCCAUUUCGCCGCCAUCCUCCUCGUCGGCGUCCUCGAAUGGCAGCGAGGAUUAUAUCGGGGAGCUGGGCAGCCAGGAGGUGGACGAGGGAUUCACAACAGGUGCCACAACAGGGGCCUCCAAUAUGACAACAGUGGAAACAGGACCCAAGAUCAUUGUGCGCACCGAGGAGGUCCUGAUUGUGGGCCUCGUCCUGGUUCUCUGGGUGGGCGCCAUCAUGCUCUUCUUCAACCGAUGGGGCAAGAUCCGGAUGCUGGAGCCGUACCAGCCCAAGUUCCAGCAGCAGCACCGCAGUUCCUGUCCACUGGUCGACCUGGAUGCCGUGACCACGCACCAGCGCUCCUCCGUGUCGCGAAUGUCGAUGGGCAUGGUGCACAAUCUGAAUAUGCCGACGUGUCAAUUUGCGGCCUAUAAUCCCAACAUUUAUGCCAAGGGCUACGCCUCGCAUGUUUCGGCGUCGCGUCCCCGCCAAAAUUCGGUGUUCGUGGGUGCCAGCACCAGUCACUACUUGAUGCCGCGGCCCCCGAGGAAAACUCGGUCGGCAAUGGAUCUGCACUCCAUGGUUCUGGACGAGAGCGCCGAGCAGGUGUAGGAAUCCUAGGUGUGCUAAGUCAGGCUUGAAGGGAACGAGAAGGAGUGUGUGGUCCAUUUUCUUCGAGUUUUUUAAACGAAAUGUGACAGGAUGACCGGAAACCCUUUUACAAGGUGCCUGGAAGUAUGCUAGAAAAGGUUUUCCAUCCGAAAUCCCUAAAAAAAAAGCGCCUAGAGAUGACGUGUAACUUUUUGUAGCAUACCUUUAGACACCUUAGAGAUUUCGGAAGUUUUUUAUACAAAAAGCUAAAGAAUUGCUUAGCCAAGACUCUUUAAAGCGCUGGCCUGUGUGUCCAAAAGCAUGCAAUACAAUAUUUUCUAU